CGCCGCCAAGACGCGCGAUUAAAACAGCGGUUUCAUUUCUCCGAGGGAUUCGCGAUGUCGAGAGGUUCGCUCGCACCCUCGCUACGCGCAAGCGAGCGAACGAUCGCGAGUUCUACGUAACGAUUAGCGAAACACGUUCCUGCAUCGCGCUUCGAAAUUUCGCGACGUGUCCGCGAACGUGGUGACGACGAAUGGGUUGACGCUAUGUAGGGCACGACGAUAUCGGAUCGGGUGCCUCGCGCGACGAGCCUCCCGUUCGCUCGACUCGGCGAAAUAUGGAACGCGAAGCGCGUCAGAUGAUCGAUCCUUCCUUGCAGUUCCCUGAUAAUGCUCGGUUCUCGGAAAGUUAACGAAAGACAGUGUGAUCCGUUUAAAAAGAUACGGUUGUAUUUAAAUGGGCGAAUGAACGGUGAUCGGUGAUUUAACGUUUUUGAUGUUUGGGACUCUCGGAGCUGUUAUGUUAGAUGACGGACUCAAGAUAGUCCUUCCGCCUGGUAACAUGUCAGAUGGGGUUGACGGUGGUGGUGGGGAAAACGAGGUAGACUCUCAUUCCUCCUCGCAAGCCGAAGCUGGAGACUCUUCUAAUCACAGGGAAGAAGAGACGUUGGAUCCUGAUAACGAAGCAGCUCUCAAUACAAAUUAUGACAGUAGCGAUGGAGCUGUUCCUGCGUUUAGAUGUGAUAGAUGCGACAAUUAUGAGACUAUAAAUAAAACGGCUUUCUCCGCUCACCAAGAUCAAUGCCUGGCGAGUGGCGAAGCUGGAGAAAGCGCUGAAGGCAUAGAAGGAACAGAAAAUGAUGGGGAUGCUGAAGAGGGCCAUUCGGGAAUCAGGUCUCACAGAAAGAUGUUUGAAUGUGAUGUCUGUAAUAUGAAAUUUUCAAAUGGAGCUAAUAUGAGAAGACACAAAAUGAGGCAUACAGGCGUAAAACCAUACGAAUGUCGGGUAUGUCAGAAGAGAUUCUUUCGGAAGGACCAUCUUGCGGAACACUUUACGACACAUUCAAAAACUUUGCCAUACCAUUGCCCGAUAUGUAACCGAGGUUUCCAAAGACAAAUCGCGAUGCGUGCUCACUUUCAAAACGAACACGUCGGUCAGCACGAUAUGGUUAAAUCGUGUCCUCUCUGCAAUUAUCGUGCAGCUACCAUGAAAUGCCUUAGGUUGCACUUCUUUAAUAGACAUGGAAUAGAUUUAGAUAAUCCAGGACCAAAUAGCUCUACAUCCAUAAUGAAUAGUUGCACAUCCGGGGAGGCGAUGCCUUCGGCACCUCUGUCUGAUAGCGGGGAUAGUACUGGCAACCGUUCGACCGAUAACGCCACGCCCCCCAUGCAUUUCCUCACGCCCCACGUGGAGAUAUCCAUUCCCUACCCCGAACAAGCUGCCAAUCAACGAAAUCCAAGUCCUGCCCCGUUGAACGGAGACAGUCCCAAUAGUCCUCAGAGCGCCGACAGCAAUAGCAAUGCACCAAGCAGUAGUCAUCAUCAAUUAUCUAUCAAUAGCAGUACCAUUCAUAGGAACGUAGGCGGAGGUGACGAAGCUAUUACACCUUCGAUCUCCUUAAUACCCAUCAAGCAAGAGCCAAACAGCAACGGUAUGGAUGAUAGUGGGGCGACAUCGAGCAAUCUACCGUUACCAUCGCUGAUCAAAGUGUCGCCGUUAAAAUCGUUGCUGCGCGAUGAUCUUCGCCGUAAGCUUUCCACCAGUACUACCAAUAACAACAAUAACAAUAGUAACAACAGCGGUUGCGGUGGCGGCGUUAAUUCUAAUCCACACUCGAGGGGCGAGCCACCCACUUCGACCAGGCCGGAUCCUCGUACAAGCGGCCUCCAGUGCACUCACUGUCGCAUUACGUUUCCGGAUCAGACGUUGUACUUCCUUCACAAAGGUUGUCACAGCGAGAGUAACCCGUGGAAGUGCAAUAUUUGCGGGGAGCAAUGCUGCAAUCUGUACCAGUUCAACUCGCAUUUACUGAGCAAGAGUCAUCAGUAGCUGGGAGGAGAAAACAGAGAAGUACCCGCAGUUAAGAAAUUCGUUUUCCCUUUUCCUAUUUCUUCUACUUCUUUUCUUUUCCUUCUUCGUUAAAUGAAAUAAAACGGCAGAAGAUUCGGUAUGUAUGUCUUACAUACGUUCAGUGUUCAUUAGCAUGAAGGUAUAAGUAUUUUCUGCGACGUGUCCAGACAUACUUCUCGCUAAAAUAUACUUUCAGAAACGCGUGAGAAUGCGCCGAAAACACAACGGCAAAUCAGUUGUAAAUUAAAUUGUAAAUUAUUUUUAAGAAUUCGAGAGAGGGUAUGUCUGUUCCCUCAGAAAAUAAUGUACAAAGCGCGACAAAUUGUGCCUUUCCUUUAAAAAGAGAAAAAGGGAGAAAAAAUUGCGAGAAAAAAAGAAAUUGCCAACACACUCGUCCAUCAUGCUGUUAUAUUGUACGAACUAUCCGUCCAUAGGGCUUUAUCGAGAUAUAUUCCGAGCUCUAUCAUUAGUCUUAAAUUAGUAAAGUAAGUAUAGAAAUGCGACAAAGGGGCACGUUGCGAAUUGCCCUGUCAAUUGUGAAAAGUAAAAAAAAAUAUAUAUAUAUAUCUAUAGCUAUGUUGUGCUUUUAUCGCAAAAAAAGUGCGACAUUAAAAUUUCAUGUAUUGGGUCGGAACAAAAGUUCAUAGAGCUAUGAAUUUCGUUACAGUUGCUUAAAUGUUAAAAGUUAAUAAAAUUUAAUAAAAAGAAGAGUUUUAAAAUUUAAAAUCUCUUUCGAAAGGUGUCUUUUGAGUUUGGUAAUUUUUGGCAAAAUUUCUUAUUUUGUAGGCCUGUCAUGUGCGCAAAAAAGCAAAAAUGCUUGGCUUUCUAACAAGCUUACAAUUUUAUAACAAAAUCGUUUAUUAAAAAUAUUCCUACGGUUUGUUGGUACUGAGUUAUUACGGAUUAAAUAUGCUCAUAAUUCUGUUUAAAAAUUGUCAAACCGCAAUUCAAAAAAUAUAUUUUUUAAGCUAAAACUUUGCUCUAUCGAAUGAUAUAAUUGCCAAAUUUUUUUAAAAACAUGAUAUAAAUAAUAUGCUACGAACUUUUGUUCUAACCUGAUAAAUAGAUAGAAACUAUUUAGUUGACGAUGUGCAGUUUGGAUGAUAGAAGCAAGGCGCGGAUAUAAUUCAUUAGAAGUUUAUUUGUAUUGAGGGAGAGAGAAGGAAAGAAACGCAUUUAUAUUAUUGUUUUAAGGCCAGGCCUUCUAAAGACAAAGAAAAAUUGUGCAAAGUAUGUAGAAGAAAAAGAAAGUAUAUGUAUAUCUUUUGUUUUUGAGUGUUUAGAGACCUAUGCGCGUAGAAUUUAUAUAGUAGAAGAGCAAUAUCACGAAUUAUCGAACAAUUAUUUAUCCUUUAAUAAUUCCGCGAUGUGGAUUUUCACACGGAUUCGAGAAGCAGCUCUAUUGAGAUAUUGUACAAAUUUGAAGGAUACGAAACGUCGCGUUCGUCGAAAGAAUGUCGGCGCGACGCAUCGAUAUACGUGGAUACUGUUGUAUCGCGACGCGACAAGGUAUUUAUUGCCGCGAGUUCCAUCUAUUCUUCUUUCUCCUUUAGAUAGGAACGUUGCGUCGCAGUGAGAAACUAGUGUAAAACCGCGAAGCGAGGAUGUACAGGACACAAAAGCUAGCCGGGCGUGCGUUAUUAAUUAUUAAUACGACAGGGAGCAAGUUCGAGAGGUGUGACUUUUUAGCCGAGGGCUCGUACGUACCGGGCAGGUAUCUCGAUCCGUUCGCUUUGGCUGGAGUCGCCUCUCUCUUCCUUUCUCACCUUUGAUUCGAUAAAUAUUUUAUAUAUAAAUAUUUGUACAGAGAGAAAAAGAGUAUUAGAGGAGAGAGAAAGCACGAAGGGAAGAACAUUGAGAUAGCGUAUAUAUAAAUAUAUAUACAUAUAUGUAUGUAUACACGUAGAGUCACAUACAUAACAGCAGACACACACAGAUAUAUGUAUACACGGAUAUUAUUACAUAUGUAUAUAUAUAUUAUUACAUAUACAUAUAUAUACAAUAUAUAUGCCGUCUCACGCAAUGAGACGAAGAAAUACACGUACACGCGGACACUGCUGUAAAUGGUUGUAGUUAUUUAAAAUAACUAUUCUGUAUAUCGCAUAGUAUUUAAUACGAUUACAAUUAUUUAUUAGAGUCUAAGUAAUUUAUUAUUGCUUUGCAUUCCAAGAGGACCGGAGACCACGGGACUAUACGAUUAAGCGAAUGUCUUAAUAUUAACAGUGCUUUUCUAACAGAGCCGAUGUCGCAUAAUAUAAUUUACAACGGGUGAAUUUUCACGUGUAAAACAAAAAAGGAAAAAAAAACCAAUGAGCGCCGAGAGAGAUUCAUCGGGCUGAUCUUUCGCGCGUAAACGAAUGCAACGUACACGAAUUAUUACUAUCUUCGAUCGAUAUAAUGUAUUUAAGAGCUGUCGCGAAACUAUCACUAUUUUGUACGCAGGGCACGUAUGUUCAUUAUUAGGAACACGUUCGUCAUUCGCACUUUCGAUCCUUAUUAUUAAAUCAUUGACGUACAAAUCUUUUUAGAUACCUUUACAAAAAAAAAAAAAAAAGAAUGCGCGCGCUUGUCGUACUCUCGUGCGGCUCCUCGGGGCGGAAUUGUGAAC